UCCCUUGUUAUAUCUCGCCUUGACUAUUGUAACUCCCUCCUCAUUGGCCGACGACCUCAUCGCAGGCUAUCCCCUCUUCAGUCUAUCAUGAAUACUGCUGCCAGACUCAUCCACCUUACUAACCGUUCUGUAUCUGCCACCCCUCUCUGCCAAUCCCUCCACUGGCUUCCACUCAGUGUCCUCCAUCCCUCUCUGCCAAUCCCUCCACUGGUCUCCACUCAGUGUCCUCCAUCCCUCUCUGUAAAUCCCUCCACUGGUCUCCACUCAGUGUCCUCCACCCCUCUCUGCCAAUCCCUCCACUGGCCUCCACUCAGUGUCCUCCACCCCUCUCUGCCAAUCCUUCCACUGGCCUCCUCUCAGUGUCCUCCUCCCCUCUCUGCCAAUCCCUCCACUGGCCUCCACUCAGUGUCCUCCACCCCUCUCUGCCAAUCCCUCCACUGGCUUCCACUCAGUGUCCUCCAUCCUUCUCUGCCAAUCCUUCCACUGGCCUCCACUCAGUGUCCUCCAUCCCUCUCUGCCAAUCCCUCCACUGCCUUCCAGUCAGUGUCCUCCAUCCCUCUCUGCCAAUCCCUCCACUGGCCUCCACUCAGUGUCCUCCACCCCUUUCUGCCAAUCCCUCCACUGGUCUCCACUCAGUGUCCUCCACCCCUUUCUGCCAAUCCCUCCAACUGAUAAAAUUCAAAACACUAACAUCAUUCACUCCCCUAUUAUAUCAUGACUUGACUACUGUAACUCCCUCCUCAUCGGCUUACCUCACCAUAGGAUAUCCCCGCUCCAGUCUAUCCUGAAUACUGCGGCCAGACUCAUCCACCUUACUAACCUCUCUGUAUUCGCCACCUCCCUCUGCCAAUCCCUCCACUGGCUUCCGAUUGCCCAAC